AUGGAUUUCGCCAACGAUGCGUUCCAAUUCUAUAUUAUUCACCAGAAGAACGAUCAGGCUGGAGACAAGGCCAGGGAUCCAAAACACGUAUAUGCAAACACCACGAACCCUUCUAUAUGCCCGAUAUUGUCCUUAGGUAUCUACUGGUUGAUGUUCCCAGUGGACCACUCAACGUCAGGAGGACGGUUAUUCCCAGGCACCAGCCAAUACGAAAGAUUCAGAAAACUUUUCAGCCAACGGUUGUUAAAUGAUAGGGACGUGCUAACAGCUCUUGAGAAUAACGGUUUGCACGUCGGAGACUUAGGCACACAUAGUAUCAGAAAAGGAUCAGCGACAUAUACUUCGUCAGGA